AUGUUAGACAAUCGGACAUUGCAAACCGAAGGACCAACUUACAAUUAUACAAUACCCACGGAGAGCAACCUCGAUUCACUUUUCAUUUUCCCACAAUUGGAUCCGGUAACCUUGGAAAUUGGGCUUUUUUUGGAUUCUAAACUCUACGAGCAUUUCCAACGUGAAUUUAUCGAUGAUCCGGAACAACAUUUGAUAGAUUUCUCCCUUGCUCUUAUUAACAAUGUUCAUGUCCUUUAUCAGCAAUCAUCGAUGACACCAAGCUUGGAUAUUGUCAUCGUACGAUUUGAAUUAUGGAAAAAACAACCGACAGGACUUGAUACGUUAGCACAUCGCAAUGGACAAGCACAAACACUCUUAAAUCUGUUUUGUCGUCAUCAAGCCACUCUUAAUCCAGGAACUGAUCUAACCGAUCCAGAGCAUUGGGAUCACGGCAUUCUUCUUACUGGGUAUGAUAUCUACCAUACAACAACUUCGGUUGCUGGUGUUGCACCUGUCGCACGAAUGUGUGAUCAGAUAUUUGCAUGCAGUUUGGUAGAGGGAAUGCAUCUUGGUCGAUCAUUUGUUUUGGCUCAUGAAAUGGGACACAACAUGGGUAUGGUCCAUGAUGGAAUUCAGAAUCAAUGUGGUCGAAGUUGUUGCCUGAUGUCAGCAGUUAAUGGAGCUGGUAAAACUACCUGGAGCGAAUGUUCAGUGCGUGAAUUCAAUGCAUUCUUAUUGCAGUUGGAUGAAAGUGGCCGUGGUAAUUGCUUACGUGAUGGAUCCGAAGGACUUGUAAUUUAUAAUCAUAUGAAGGAUAAUCGUUUACCUGGACAACGUUUCACAGCUGACCAGCAAUGUUCCUAUUUUUGGGGCAGAGGUUUUGAAGUCGAAAUACCAAAAGAAAAGACAAUGGAUGAUAUUUGUCGCAUACUGUGGUGUGGAAAUAACGGCUCGACAAUAUCAACAGCUCAUCCAGCGUUAGAAGGAAGUUGGUGUGGCGGUAAUAAGUUCUGCAUUGAAGGGCAAUGUCGGCAAUGGUCACAACGAAUAGCUCCAGCUAAGAUAGAUGGUGGUUGGACUGAAUGGAGUAGUAAGGAAAAACGAUGUCCGAUCAAUCAAUGCCAAAUAACGGGCAGUAUUCAAAUUAAUAGUCAGAUGCGAACAUGUACUAAACCUGCGCCUAAUAAUGGUGGUAGAAAAUGUAUAGGCUCAAAUUUGCGUGGCCUAAUUUGUGAUGGUGUGAAAUCAAGUUGCAAAGCGAUGACAUUGCUAGAAUACGGUACUAAGUUAUGCACGGCAAUAAAAAAUGAUCAAGAAAGGCCGGAUCGACAACUUACCGGUGCUACAUUUCUUCACGGUACACAACCAUGCAAGAUCUGGUGUCAUUUGAUUGAUUCGGAGUUGAUCCGAAAUAAGGGCCAAUAUCCAGAUGGUUCCCCAUGUGGGCCUGGAAAAUUCUGUGUUGGAGGACAAUGUUUGACAUUGAUGUGUAAUAAUAAAGCUCUAGUGGAAAGCAGAGAAGAAUGUCCUAUCGAUAGUGAUGGCCAGGAAUGGAGUGAAUGGACCGAUUGGUCAGAAUGUUCAGUUACUUGUGGUUCUGGUGGGAAACAACAACGGAAGCGAAUCUGUCAUUCGCAGAAAUGUGUAGGUGAAUCAGUGGAUUCCCGAUCAUGUGUCCCUCAACUAUCGCCUUGUCGGGAAUGGAGUGGAUGCAAUGUAAGCUGUAGUGACGUAGAGCAGAACAUAACACAGAAUUGCAUUGAAGAGCGCAACUGUUCCAAUGCUAUUAAAGAAGGACAGGAAUGCAGCAAGGAUAGCUGUUCUGGGUGGCAUGAAUGGGAAUUAUGGUCUCCAUGCAGUACAACCUGUGGCAGUGGACAACGGAGCAGGAAACGCCAGUGCAAUCAAAUGGAUCGAUGUGAAGGCGAAGGCACUCAAAUUGAGCCAUGUGAAAUUAAGAAAUGUGUACUGGAAACAUGGGGUGAUUGGUUACCUUGUUCGGCAUCAUGCGGAUAUGGUUUUCAGUUACGUGAACGUUUAUGUGAUGGAUCAUUGUGUGCUAGUGGACAAAAACAAGCUAGAACGUGUAAUGAAAAAGAUUGUAGUGAAGAUGAAGUAUUGCUGCAACUAUGGCACGAUUGGUCCGAUUGGCUACCCUGUUCUACUUCCUGUGGUGAGGGUAUACAAAUCAGAAUCCGGAAAUGUAUUUCAGGGAAUUGUCCAAAAUCAGAUUCACCAAUUGAUCAACGACGUUGCGUUUUACGUCCAUGUCCCGAAUGGACUUUAUGGAGUGAUUGGACUGAUUGUCUAACUUGUGAGCAUAAGGAAGAACGAUAUCGUGAACGAUAUUGCCGAAUAGGCCUAAUACGAGCUGGUGAUAACGAACAUGAAUGUCCUGGUAAAGCGAAGGAAACAGAAUCUUGUGAUAUUUCAUGUGACAUAUCAAUCUAUCCGAGUGAUAGGAAGUCACGUCGUAAAGUACUAUCAGAUCGUACUGUAGAAGUAAUUAAUCCGAGAGCUAAACUGUUAGAUAUGUGGGAGGAAUGGCAAGAAUGGGAACCAUGUUCACGCACUUGUGGUGCAGGUACUCGCAUAAGGAAACGAACUUGUCGAAAUGGUAUUAAUUGCAUGAAAAGAGAACCAAUUUUAGAUAUUCAAUUAUGCGAAAGCAACUCAUGUGGUACUUCCGGUGAAUUAUCCUAG